AAGGGAGACAAAAAAAAUAAGAUCAUAUUAAUGUGACAACACAGAUACACGUAGAAAGCUGACUUAGCUCAUUAUCGUUAGAGAGAAAAAAUCGCAUUAUAUCGCAAAUGUAUAUCGUCAUAACUCGAACCUGUCGUUACAAAGUUAAACUUUCAUGUGACAACGCGAAACCAACAUGUUUUAAUGCGACAUUUUCGAGGUAUAACGUAUAUACGUUGACCAUCUGCAAUGGCGAACCUACUUCAAACGCUCAAAGUGCUAAGUGACCGCAGUGACCAUCUUAUAGGUUAUAUGUUAACGAUGUACUGGUCUUUUUUUUUCUCUCUUUUGCUUCAGCCAUACAGACAUACCUUCCUCGUCCAUUAACAUAAUGGUCAUCCAUUACGAUUGAACAAGGCAUGUAGUCAGUUGUUUUCCCCGCACACAAUAAAAAAUAUCAAACACAUAGAAACAAAACUACUGUACGGUUCCUAAUAGAUAGGUCGAGUUCCGGCCGUCGUUAAGCAGUGUCCAUUCGACCGGACAAAAGGCUGAAGCAGCGGUCAGAAGGAGCAUGAGGACUGGAAGUAUGCAGUGGCUUCUGGUUAUCACCGUGGCAGUGUGUGCAUGUACAGCUAUUGUCAAGGCAACUGUGAAUACGCAUUCAUCGACUCUGUAUGACAAAUGCUUAUACAACCAAUCAGUUGUCAGUUUAGAUUUACCGCCGCUUGCACUUCGACGUGAAUGCAUAGAACUGUUUUCAUUGGACAUUACAAAUAAUUUGUCAACGUACAACAUAACAUCAGAUGAAUCUUUAUACAUCGAGUCAUUACUACGGAAAGUCAUAUCAGACAUAUCGCCUGGACAUCGUGGAAAGCGCCAAAUAAAUCGAUGGAACAGACGAGAAGUGCGAACUUUGUCACCAAGAGAAUGGCGAAGGUUCACAACACGUCUAAAUGUUCUAAAACGUCAGAGACUUGGCAAUAGUAACCGGUAUGAUGCCAUAGCGAACGUCCACAGAGGAGCCGUGCUGAACUCAGCACACGGCGGGCCUAAUUUCCUCGGCUGGCACAGGGUCUACCUUCUAAUACUCGAAGCGGCUACUCAAUAUCCGACGCCAUAUUGGGACUCCUCACUGGAUUUCCACAUGUCCGAUCCGACUCAGUCUGUGCUAUGGUCUGGCGAAUUCUUUGGAACAGGAUUUGGAACAGUAGACGAUGGACCAUUUGCAAGUUGGAUCACGCCGAGCGGAAUUUCGUUAGUCCGAAAUAUAGGCAACGCCGGGAGUCUGAUAUCACAAGAUGGCGUCCGUAACGUGCUCAGUCGCACGCGCCAUCGAGAGAUCGUCGAGCCAAGUCCUAACCCAUUGUUUAGUUUGGAGGCGUACCACAACGGACCACACGUAUGGGUAGACGGCCAGUUGUCGUCACCCAUGACGGCCGCACAAGACCCGAUCUUCUUUCUGCAUCAUGCGUUUAUCGAUUACAUAUGGGAGUUGUUCCGGACUCGCCAAAGAAGGAUCGGGAUUAUGUCGGCCUUCGAUUACCCAAGAGUUCAGAACCCGCUUCACCGGCCGGGACGGAUAAUGGAUGGAUGGCCGUUUAUCCGAGGACUAAGGAACAUCGAUGGCUUCAAUGAACGCUUUGCUAGAAUGACGUCAUACUCUCGUUCACCAACUUGUGCAAGAUGUUAUAAUCCAACAUGGCCGUUUCCGGUUUUACAGUGUGACGUUGGGAAUCGACGAUGUAUUUCUGCACCAGUUCCGCCCCAGGAUACGGUAGCAUUUGCUAGCGCCAUGAAUAGAGGGAACCAAGUAGCCCGAGCUAGGUCGAGCGUGGAAAGAAUAGGCCCCUUGCCAAUAGGAGGGAAGUUUGAGUCAGUGUUUACCGACGCCAGGGUUAGGGGUGAUACUCUACCAUACGGUCCUGUGAAUAACUAACUCUAUGUAUAUUGUACUUGUUCGCAUUAAAAAAUAUCAUAAAAAGUG